GGGUCUAGCAAGUUGCCAAAUGAGGUGGAGGGGUGUCUACGGUUGGGGAUGCCAUCAGUGUUGUGAUCAAACAAAGGGGCUCUGAGUGAGUUACCAAAUGCACAGGUGGACUGUUGGGAAAAAGAAAAACCAUGUGGGUUUGAAAAGCUAAGAGGGAGGGGGAGGGCUGGUUCUCUGAAGAGAUCCAAGAGGUGAGAGCGGGUGUAGGUCUGAGUGUGUUGUACAAAAUCACAAGUCCUUAAGUGCAUGUGCUGCACAUUCAGUGAGAAAGAAAAAAGGGAAGGGAAGGGAAGAAAGGAAGGAAGGAAGGAAGGAAGAUUGUGAGUUGAGGGAAGGGAGAUUAGAGAGAUGGUCAGCAGCCAGAGGAAUAGUGGCAAGUAAAACAAAAACUUUUCCAAGUUGCUUGUUAAAUUGGGCAAAGGAGUUUAGAGGAAUUGCAUGCCUGACAGUCCCGGCAGAGCAGGGUGGGAUGUGGGUUCUUUUAAUCCUUUGGGAAAGAUAAGUUCUUCAACGGAUGCCUCCCUGCCCUAAAGAGAAUUGCCGCUGGUCUCUGCUCCCCUCCCUUCCCCUCCCUCCCCUCCUGCCCCACCCCAGUCUCCUUCCAAGGAAAAGUUUAACUGGAGCAAAGCUGCCCUUGGGGAUCCUUCAGGACUUGCUCUUUGGGGGACCUUUGGACGGAAAAUUGAAGAUGUGGAACCUGUAUAUUUUACAAAGAAUUGGCUCUCAGAGAUUGCUUCCAAGGGGGCAGGAAUGGCCCUGAAUUUAAAUCUAUAGUACCUCUGAUGCCUACAACAGAAUUAUAGAAUUCCUGUCUUCAUAAGCUUCAUUCUGCUCUCCUCUCCUCUCCUCUCCCCUCCUCCUUUCCCUUUCCUUUUUCUUGCCCUUUCAUUUUUUUUCCUUUUUCCUUUCCCUUUUUCCUUCCCUUCCCUCCUCCCCUUCCCCUUCCCUCCGCAAAGACAGGGUACAUAGCCCUUCCUCUUCUCCCACCAACAAAAUCCCUAUAAAGCAGGGAUAUCCAGGGUGGGGAAGGAUAGAUCACAGAUGCCACCUGCAGGAUUUACCCCACCCUUUUCUAUAUACCCCUGAAAGGGAUGGGAUUCUAAUGCUUUUUUAAAAUAUUUAUUUAAUUUAUAUGCUGCCCUCUGAAGUUUGUUUUCUUGCAGACGUUUAAUUAUCCAACUAGGUAACAGCAUCAGUGCGCUCUCACUUUAAUCAAAAGGCCAGCUGUGCUUUGGCCUUCAGGAUACUUGAUCUCAGUCACUGGACUGUCAGCAGAGGUGCCUCUGCAAAAUUCAAUUUGCAAGCCAAAUUGUGGGCAUUUCAUUAUGCUCCUCACUGUUACAAAACACCCCGCAUGUGUCUUAACAGCCCAGUUCUAGGCAGGUUGCCCUCACUCUGUAAGACCCCCCUCCAUAUGAAUUUAAAAUCAAGCCUUGCCUUGUUUCUGACAAACGUUGAUGGAUUGGGCUCAGAUGUAGCAUAAAGCUAUCAGGGCAAGAGCUAAUCAGAGAAACAUCAGAAUGAAGUAAAACAGAAUCCUCCACUGUUUCCUGGGGGAAGACCUCCUGAUCUCUAGCCAGUGCCACUUUUGAACAAGCAGAAAAUCUUCCAAAUGAAUUGGAAGAUAUCUGGCUGCAGAUGGAUCCAAAGGGUCAAAACUGCCAGCGAUUCCCAAAGUUCGUUCCUUCCCUCCUUCCUUUACUAACCCUCCGUUCCUCCCUCCCCCUCCCUUCUCUGUUCAACUGAAGAAGCUUCUUGGAUGAAAGUGAAACGUUUUCAAAGAAAACCCCAAGAAAGUCCUGUUGCCGUCCUCUUGGAAAAGCACUUUUAUUUAUUUAUUGGUUCGAUUUAUAUGCUGCCUUUCUCCGGAGACUCAGGGUGGCUUACAAUGCGUUAAGCAAUAGCCUUCAUACUUUUGUAUAUUUAUACAAAGUCAGCUUAUUGCCCCCACAAACUGGGUCCUCAUUUAACCUACCUUAGCAAGGAUGGAAGGCUGAGUCAACCUUGAGCCUGGUGAGAUUCGAACUUACAGUAAUUGCAGACAGCUGGUGUUAAUCACAAUGCUUUUAGUCUGCUGAACUACCAGGCCCGUUAAUGCUUAAGCUGGGCAUCUCACUCCCGCCCCCAUCCCAUAGAUAUUCCUGUUGUAAGUUAGCCAUCUACCAAAAGUCAGGCUAAAGAGAUGGCUCUCUAGGUCUCACCCCACAGAAUUCUUUCAGCUAUUAUAACUUCCCUUUCUGGGUUGAUUUUUCCUUCUGGGUGACUGAGCAAAACAAAGCUCUAGGCUUUGUCUCUUUUGUAUUUUUUUAAGAUUGCUUAUGGAGCAGCACGUUUUCGACUGAAAGAAUCUAUAAAGAAAUAUAAGCAGAGUUGAACUCAAGAGAAGCAUCCGUGGCAUAUCGGCGCCUCUAGUUUCACUUUGCCUGCUUCUGCAUUGGAUAAUGACUCUGAGUGGAGUAUACAAAGGUGUGCUAGUCACGGAGAGGGCACAAACUGGAUGCCGUUGUCUUGAAAUCAUGUGGCACUCAUGCUCCACCAUACAUGCUAAAAGCCAUGGGUUCACCAGAGCACUCUUCCUUAGAUGCAUCUGUGUUUUCCAUUGUAAAACAGCAGUUACAUUUUUAUCUAUUUGUGUUUUCCAGCAGCAAUGUUUUCAGUCAAAAAGUGCCAACAAUCCUUGUGCUGGAUAGUAUGCCAAGCAUUGGCUAGCUUAAAGUAGUAAAGUAAUAAAUAAAGUAAUAAAUAAAGUAAAAGCGGGUCCAGCUAGAUGAUCACUGAAGGGCCCUCUUUGUUCAUAGUAUUGUAGAAGAGAAAUUGUGUUUGCAAAUGUAUCCAGUUGAAAUAAAAGGCAGACACAUUCCUUCUUUGAUGUAGAACCAGUGAGGAGAGGCCCCUCAGUUGCCCCUCAGUUGUCACAGAUAAAGACAGUCUGUUGAUUUACAUUUUGAAGGUCAGAGAGACAAGAUGUCCAUAUUAUUGUUUCAACAAGAAGAUAAUUUGAAUCUAUGCUUCAGUAACUUCUAAGAAGAAUUAUAACUGUUUUGCAAAGAUAGUAACAAGCUCAGUAAUUAAGGUAUGUCAUUUUGUGUAACAUAUGUCUGUGAUAAUAAGAAAUUGCUGACUUCACAGAAUCCUUUGUUUGAAACUGUAUAAAGGCUUUGAGCUGAAAAUCAUAGGGCGGUCAGACUUCUUGUGGUAGCGAUACCAAGUCUGAUCCUUUAUUGCAAUAAAUAAAUAAACUGAUUCUGUCUGCCCUGAAGGGAUGGUUCUGAAUUCCUUCUUCCACAACAAGCUGGUAAAGUAAACAUACAAGUAAAUGUCCUUGCACUUCAGCCAUUUUUCUUUCUUUCAGAUUACCUGUUUCCUGUCAUUUGUUUUGCUGACAAGCAUUUCCCUGCCACCUUAGUCAUAGGUAACCAACCCGCUAGAACUUAAAUGUGCUCAUAUUGAAAGAGCUUCUUGAAGUUCUGCAGAAGGGUCUGCAGAGUGGGGUCAACAAAGUCAAAAUGGUGGACAGUGAUUGGCCCAAAGUCAUCCAGCCAUCUUUCAUGCCUAAGGCGGGACUAGAACUCACCAUCUUCUGGUUUCUAGGGCAGCGCCUUAACCACUACACCGCUGGCCUGCUAUCUCUGCUGUGCUGAAUUCCUUAGAUAAAAUAGAAGAAGUAAAUGUUAGUAGGGAUGAGUUUCAAAACAGAUCUUGCUAGGAAGAUCUAAUCAAACCUCAUAUAUUUGUCAAAUAAUUAGUUAGGAAGGUUCUUACUUAUUUUUGCCAUUUCUUCAAUGGUAUGAUAUGAUAGAUGGUUUAGGUCAAACACACACACACACAAAAAAAACAAUUCAUGGAACAAACCUUCCUUGAUCUCAUUCUGCAACUGGAGUUGAUUACAUUUGUUUUUUUUUUCAGAUAAAAUAAACCAGUUUAGCUGGGUUGCAGGGAAAAAAGGAAUCCUUUUUUUUCCCGGUCCAGAAUUGGAAAAGGUGGUGAACACACCAAAACAGUGAGCAGCACCUGGAUGGAGGCUGGAAAAGUCUGUUUUCCUAAGAAAUAUCACAGACAGCCUCAACAACAGCACCUGGAGGAAAAGCAAAGAACGAAGCCACCUGCCAUCUCUCUACACUGGCUUCUCUUCUUUCUGUUGCUGCCAUCUUCCUCAUCCUGCCUCAAUCCUGCUCCCAUGCCCACCAAUGAGACUGGAGAAGUCAUUGAGUGGUUAAUACAUUAUGGAUACCUUCCACCAGCUGAUCCUACUACAGGCCAACUACAAACCUGGGAAGCCGUGACAACAGCCCUUCGUGAGAUGCAACGUUUUGCUGGCAUUGCAGAAACUGGGAUUCUAGAUGAUGCCACACUGAGUUUGAUCCGGAUGCCUCGCUGUGCCUUGCCUGAUAUUAUCCCCCCAGAGUUUUCUUUAAAAGAGAGUGCAAGGAAGAAGAGAUGGCAAAGGAGAAAAAGUUGGGAGAGGCGCAGUGCUGGUUCAGUUUUGACUAAAAGAAACAUCUCCUGGAAAUUUUAUUUUUCCAAUAGGGUGAAGAGCUACCCCCAAAGAGCUCGUCUCAGCCGAGAGACGAUGCGAGUAUUGAUCUAUUAUGCCCUAAAGGUUUGGAGUGAAGCUAUACCAUUAACCUUUCAUGAGGUUGGCGGCCACACUGCUGACCUCUCUGUGGAAUUCCUCCAGCUGGAUCACCAUGACAGUUAUCCUUUUGAUGGACCUGGUGGGAUGGUGGCCCAUUCUUUCUUUCCUGGAGACCCCCAGAGGGCUGGCACUGUCCAUUUUGAUGGGGAUGAAGAAUGGACUUUCCGCUCACCAGAUGACUUUGGCACCGACCUUUUUGCUGUGGCCAUUCAUGAGUUUGGGCACAGUCUUGGCUUAGCACAUUCAUCUUCCAAGCACUCAAUCAUGCACCCAUAUUACCAGGGACCGGUGGGAGACCCCUUGCAAUACCAGUUGCACAUGGAAGAUCAAGCUGAAAUCCAGAAGCUUUAUGGGAGUAAAGUUUUUCAUUCUACAGAGAAGCAUGAUAUAACCACUCCAUUGCCAGGCCUUCUCUCCUUAUCACAGAAUUUCCCUGCAGUCAGACCAGGAAAAGGAUUUCCUGACCGAUGUAACUCCAGCAUCGAUGCUGUUGCUCAGAUCCGAGGAGAAACAUUUUUUUUCAAAGAUCAGUACUUCUGGCGCCUGUCCCAGAGCCGGCAUCUCACUUCUCCCCAACCAGCUGUGAUCCCUCGUUUCUGGCGAGGACUUCCUUCUGCUCUGCGCAAAGUGGACGCUGUUUAUGAGAGACCUGCAGAUCAUCGCAUCCUCUUCUUCAGUGGACCUCUCUACUGGGUGUUCAAGGACAAUGGUGUGGAGGAGGGUUAUCCUCGCCCAAUCACGGACUUUGGUUUGCCCCAAGGGGGCAUCAGUGGUGCUUUCUCCUGGCCUCCAGAUCAGAAAACCUAUUUCUUCAAGGGUGACCUUCACUGGUGCUAUGAUGAGACUACAAGGCACAUAGAGGAAGCUUCCCCUCUCCUCCAGGAAUCCUGGGAGCAGUUCUCCUCCUCUGUCGACUCUGUCUUGAUUGAAAGUGAUGGAACACUGUAUGUUUUUAAGGGCCAACAGUAUUGGAAGUUUGACCAGGAGACCCUACAACUCCAAGCAGGAUACCCUCGUUCCAUUGCCACCGAUUGGCUGGAUUGCACCGUCGAACCUCUCAGGAUAAUGCCUACUAGCCCUUCAUUGGGAGUGAAACUUCCACCCAACUUCCAAGGCCCUCAGCUGAAAAUUGAGGAACGUGUGUGUUUUUGUGCUGCUUUUUGUGCCAUUUCUUCCACUUUGCUCAACGUUUUGCCCUUGGCUCUCCUGACACUGCAAGGACUUGCCUAGCGUGGAUGAGGAAUAUUAACCUGGGAUUGCCCUAUGUAUUUCUCUCUGAGCACGAGUAGAGGCACUAUCUCAGAUGAUCACACUGGACAUCUGUGGCUGGACAAAAAGAGAGUGCUCCUGAUGAGACUGAAAGUGACAAGCCCUUGAGAUUGAGGCUGGGGUUGCCCAUCCUUCAAGGAGUGGUGACCUCACUUUGCUGGAACAGGAGGUCAUCAAAGUCCUAACAUGUGGAGCAGUAGGAACAUGAGCUUCAAAUAGCAAUGUUUGUAUAAAAUUAUGAAGGAGCUGGGAGAUGGACACUAAGUUAUCAGAAUGCCCAAACACAAGACAAAAGAGCUUUAAUAGACUCUAGGGAAUGGAAAAUAUGGAGCUCUUUUUUUAUAGAAGGAACCAAAGGUAUCUGGUCCCUAACUGGUCAGUUCUUUUUAUAUUGUAAAAGUUCUCCCUGGGCAAAAGAUGGUCUGAUGAAACUUGUUUAGUCACAGAUCUGAUCUGCUGUUUCGGGAAGGAAGCAGUGAAUCUUUCCUCCCCCACUUGUUUUUUUUCUAAACUUCUGGCAGGGGCAGGAAGGAGCUGCUGCUUUUGAUAUUGACUCCAUCAGCCCAGCUGUGGAAUGAUGCAAUCUUGCUUGUCAGGGCCUGUCAAGCUAAUCAAGAAAGCUUCAUUGCAGGCCUAUAACUAGAAAGAGAGUUGAUUGAAAGAUGAAGAAUGCCUAGAGGGUGGAUAAGAGCACGGCCUUUGCUGUUUAAAACAGGCAUGACAGAUGGAGCCAGAUCCAACCUACCGGGCAACUUUUGACAGAUCAUAGACUUGAAUGGCAAUUUAACAUGUCUGAGACUAGACAAGUUUCGAUCCUUGCUUUUGGCCAAAAUGAUAUGCAUAAACUCCCUGUGGGACAUCUGCCUCCUUUGCUACUCAUCUUUCUUGUCCCACCCAGGUUGAUGGGGGAGGGGUGUUCCCUGGGUUCCAGGUGGGGAGAAAGACACAAAAUCAAAAGUCAUGGGAAAAGGAGGAAAGUUAUUAAAGCCAGCAUGAAAUUACACAA